AGGGGCGGAGGCCAGUUGACUUCGAUCCGUCGAGCGGUACGUUUGCAUCGCACGGAGCACGCUGUUGUACGUUCAUUUUCUUGCUCGCUCGUUUCCGACCGGAAUAUAGUCGUCAGGAAAUUUCUCUUCUCGAGUUGGCAGAACAGUUUCGUUGAACGUGAUGUUCCACGCGAGUAGUGUGAUCGUAACUGCGAUAACAAACACAGACGCCCGUUGAAAAUAGUGCGUGACCUUCUCGUGUCUCGAAAUCGCCAAAAACGUCGCCGAAAAGGAGAGGAGAAACGGUAUACACAAAGUGGACGGAAUUAGAAAGAAGAACGGACAAACAUCGACGAACGUGCGAGUCUCUGCUUCUAUCUGGCGCGCUCACUUUGGUGGGUUGGUUCGAUCGAUAAAUACACGGGGUGCGUGCACUGGCGUUCGGCUAGAUAAGCAGCCGUAUAUUUCGGAAGGUGUGCUGCCUGAUCGAAUUAAUCGACGACCCACAUAUUCGCCGCUUACCUGCUGUCCGAUCGGCGGCUGUUCAGUGGUUGAACUAUCGUAUACGGCGACAGAGGAUCCAGCCAGAGGUGAACGAAGAAAAAAAAAAAAAAAAAGAAAGAAAGAAAGAGAAAACACGAACAUACGCGUACGACAUGAAGGCGAUGGUGGUGAGUCCAGUGGGCGGCAGAGUGCCGCCAAGUCGAGGUGUUUUGCACAGUAGCCUCGGAAUCAAUGGAACUCGUCGUGACCUGGAAGCAGAAGAGGUGGCCGCUUAUCUAACCAAGUUGAGAUCCCUGGUGCCCGACAUGCCGAGAAAACGGAAAUUAUCCAAGCUCGAGGUUAUCCAGAGGGUGAUCGAGUACAUCUGCGAUCUUCAGACGACGUUGGAGGAAACGAACGUUCAUCACGAGUCGGCCGUGGCGAAAACGACACCGAGGCAGCCGUUGCAGCCGUUGUUAAACGCCACGACCACCGUACCGACGACGACGACCACGUCGACGACGGCCACCAUCACCGGUAUGGUCGCAGAACGGUGACCUGUAUCGGUGAACGAGCUCCAGUGAGGUUCAGGUCGCUGCGGGCUUCUUAUCCUCGUGGGCUGACGGCUUGACCUCCAUGUUUCGAACGUCGUGGAAUUGGUUCGAGUCAUCUUCGGGGAGUUGGAUCGAGAACUCGGCUCGUUUGCGGCAGCGUUUCGUCGCAAGGAACGUGUUGGCCGCCGAUCGUGUUUUGUGCCCGUCCUCGGCUAUAUAGAGAUUUCUUGAAGGUUCGAAGGAUCCACAGGGGAAACGGGGGGGNAAAAAAAAAAAAAAAAAAAAAGAAAGAAAAGAAAAGAAAAAGAGCGAGGACAUCGAGCAGGAUGCGUGCCUCGACGUCUCUCGAGGCGGCGCCUGAAGAGAAGAACGAAGACGACGUGAAAAGAAGGACGACGAAGCGGGCCGAUUACGGCCGAUCUUAACUUCUUUCUUCGAGGAAAGAUGUAAAUACUUGUACAUACUCACACCGCAUUCCUCGCACCGACAGACCUUCUCUCUUCUCAUCUUUUAAUCGAUUCACUUCUUUUUCGAUCCACUUCAAACCUCUCUCUCUCUCUUUCUCUCUUUCUCUCCGCCUUCCGAUCCCUCGAAUUCUUGCAAUCCCUCUCCUAAUCCGAGCUGUGUUACGCCGUAUAUCGUUUUCUCUCGAUAUCUCGAACAACGAUCGCGUUGUUCUUUCUUUUCUCCGACGAUAUAUAGCAACCGUCUUGUUAUUUUUCUUUCACGUCCGAAUUACAAACACGUACGAACAGAUUGUGCCCCUUCAUUUCGAUUCGCUCUGCAAUAUCGUAACUGUUCGUCUCGAGGUGAAAAAAUCCCGAUCGGUUCCGGUACGAUUGGUUCGAUUUGGAAUCUAUUGAAAAAGGAAAUUUUCGUUUUCGUUCUAGAGGAACGAACGUGUAUUUAAGGAUCGGCGAAGAUCGAAAUCGAAUUUGAAUCACCUGCGUUCUAAUUGCAAACUAUUACUGUCACCCCGUCGUUUACAACGAUGGUCGUGAAUGAAUGGUCUCUCAUUUUCUUUCGUAGUUUUCGCGUGGAGGAGAAAUGUUUAUCGUCAUCGUUGAUCAAGACCUGUAUUAUUUUGAACUCCCCCUUGUAGAUAAUAAAACGAAUUUAUUUGUAUUACGAAUUAUUAUUACAUUAAUCGCAAUAGUCGAUUCUAUAAUAUUAUUAUAUUAUAUUAUUAUUAUAUGAUUAUUAUUAUUAUUAUUAUUAUUAUUAUUGUUAUUGCUUUUCAUAUUAUAAUUUAGAGAUUUCCUCCGUAACUAUUGUAUAUUCGCGAAGACUGAAAAGCUGUAAAGUGUAAGUAUACCUGAUGCGCGCGCGAGCUUGUUACGCUCGCUCGCGCGCGAAAUAAAAUACAAACUGUGUCCAUAAGAUUA